AUGCAGCCGAUAUAUGUAUUUCGAAGUAUGCAUUUUGAAUUCCCGGUUCGGUUCGAAAAUACUUUUAUUGAAUUUGUUGCAUUCUUCCAGGUGCCGUCGCCUGCUCUCUCACCGACUCCCUUCCCACUCCAAUGGCCUUCUCCCUCCUCCCUCUCUCAUCUCCACUUCUCCUCUGCACUCCUCCACCUCUCCAAUAGCCUUCUCCCUUCUCCCUCUCUCUUCUCCACCUCUUUCCCCUUCCCUUCCCAUCCACGUACGUACUGCCUUCCACCAACAUCCUCCCUAGAUUAUGUGUUUUCUCUCCCCCCCCUCUUCUCUCAUCCCUUUCCCUCCCCUUUUGCUCCCCCCUUGCUCUUCCACACCUUUCUCUCUUCCCCCCCCCCUUUCCCUCCCUACCCCACUCCCUUCCCCUACGCUCCUCCCAGUCAGGUUGGCACCGCCUGCUCUUCCACCCACAUCCUCCCCACUACAGUUGUUUCUGCCCCCCCUCACUUUCUUACAUCUCCACUUCCCCCCCCCUUCUGCCUAGUGAAUUCCCCCCCUCCUUUCCCCCCUACCCUUCCCCCCUACUCUUUCCCCCCUGCUCUUUCCCCCUCCGCCCCCCACUCCCUCCCCCUUCCGUCCCCCUCUACUCUUCCUUGCCGUGCCGGUAUCAUAUUCUCCUCUGUCCUUCCCUCCCUCCACACACUCUCCUUGCACUUCCAUUCUCGGUUGGCAUCGCCUGCUCUUCCACCCACAUCCUCCCUCCCUCCUCCGCUGCCCUUCCCCUCGCCCUUCCCCACCAGGUUCGCAUCGCCUGCUCUUCCACCUCUGGGUGAUAAUCUCCGCCACCUCUGCAGGAUUUGA